AUGUUAAAAAUCUUCUCGUUUUAUUUUGUAUUUUUAUAUAUAAAUAUUUUAAAUGUUGUGGAUGCAACUGGAAGAAAUCGUACAUAUCUUAUAAAAAAAGAUUUUAUAAGUGGAUUUAAAGGUGGCGAAUUUACUGUUUAUGAUUCAAAUGGAAAAAUUCGUCAGUAUAGAAUGGAAUCAAAAUUUGGUAUUACUCAUGAUGUUAAUGUUCAUACACUUCCAUCAAAAAAACUUUUGGCUAAAUUAAAAGCUAAAGUUACAGCUAUUAUGUAUAAAGCAACAAUAACUAUAUUUGAUAAUGAUUCAAACAAAUGGAUAAAUGGAACUAUAGAACAAAAUUAUAAAUUAAUCGGAAAUAAAUUCACUAUUCUAUUCAAUGGAAAUCUUUUAUUAAUGGAAGGAACACCUUUUUCAUUAAAUACACAAUUUAUUGAUGAAUCAAAUGGAAAUACUUUAGCGAAGUUUCGAAAAAGAGUUACUUCUUACUUUUGGAGAAACAAAUAUGAUUUACAAAUUUUAUCAAAUAAAUAUCCCGAUACACUUUAUUUUUUAGGUAUUGCAGCAAGAGAUCAUGCAAAUAAAAAAAUUCAUCGCGGUUAA